AAAGAGAGCUAAGAAUUUGAGACCAAUGGAAACGAACCCAUGCUUCACACUCACAGUGACCCCUCAAAAGCAUCGAACAUCUUCAACCUCUCCUCAACGAUAAGAAAAAUCUCCACAAACACUCCGUCACCUCAAUCUCCACGUCCACAUAUACACUCCACUUCCCCACCCCCACCAUAUCUUCACCGCGCUCUCUCUAGAUCACUCUUUCUCUCCACAAACCCAGAGGAAUCGGAGACAGACUCUAAAAACUAUAUACAAACAAUGGCUUCUGCAGCAUCACCCACCUUCUGCAGCAUCCCCACAACCUCAUCAUCAUCCACCACUCGCACCCGUUCUUCUCUCAAUGUUCCCACCACCCGCUUCCUCACUCACACUUCACUCCGCCGCCUGGGCUUCGCCGGCGCCGCCGCAGAACCACUCCUCACUCACCACGUCGCCACCCAACUGCGAUCCCUUAAAUCUUCUGGCAAGCCCGUCAGAGGCGUCGCCUCCAUGGCCAAGAAGAGCGUCGGAGACCUCACUGCCUCCGACUUGAAGGGCAAAAAGGUCUUCGUCAGGGCCGAUUUGAACGUCCCUUUGGAUGAUAGCCAGAACAUCACUGACGAUACCAGAAUUCGAGCUGCUAUACCCACCAUUAAACACUUGAUUUCCAAUGGUGCUAAAGUAAUUCUUUCCAGUCAUCUGGGACGCCCAAAAGGUGUCACUCCGAAAUUCAGUUUGGCACCUCUUGUUCCCAGGCUAUCAGAACUCCUUGGCAUACAGGUUGUGAAGGCUGAUGACUGCAUUGGUCCAGAGGUCGAAAAAUUGGUGGCUUCACUUCCAGAAGGUGGUGUUCUUCUUCUUGAGAAUGUGAGGUUUUACAAGGAGGAAGAAAAGAAUGAACCUGAGUUUGCAAAGAAGCUUGCCUCAUUGGCGGAUCUCUAUGUGAAUGAUGCAUUUGGUACUGCACAUAGAGCUCAUGCCUCUACUGAGGGAGUUACGAAAUUCUUGAAGCCAUCUGUUGCUGGUUUCCUUUUGCAAAAGGAAUUGGACUAUUUAGUUGGAGCAGUUUCGAACCCAAAAAGGCCAUUUGCUGCCAUUGUUGGUGGUUCAAAGGUCUCAUCCAAGAUUGGAGUGAUUGAAUCACUUUUGGAGAAGUGUGAUAUAUUGCUUUUGGGUGGAGGAAUGAUCUUCACAUUUUACAAGGCACAAGGUAUUUCAGUGGGAUCGUCCCUAGUGGAGGAAGACAAGCUAGAUCUUGCAACAACACUCCUUGAGAAGGCCAAGGCCAAAGGAGUAUCUUUAUUGUUACCCACUGACGUGAUAGUGGCAGACAAGUUUGCUCCUGAUGCAGACAGCAAGGUUGUGCCAGCAUCUGGUAUCCCGGACGGCUGGAUGGGAUUGGAUAUUGGACCAGAAUCUGUCAAGAUAUUCAACAAUGCUUUGGAGACUACAAAGACUGUUAUUUGGAAUGGACCCAUGGGAGUGUUUGAAUUUGAAAAGUUUGCUGUUGGAACAGAGUCAGUUGCGAAGAAGCUAGCUGAACUUAGCGGGAAGGGAGUGACAACAAUCAUUGGAGGUGGAGAUUCUGUUGCAGCUGUAGAGAAAGUUGGAGUUGCUGGUGUAAUGAGCCACAUAUCAACUGGUGGUGGUGCCAGUUUGGAGUUGCUGGAAGGCAAAGAGCUCCCUGGUGUCCUUGCCCUUGAUGAAGCUAUACCAGUUCCUGUGUAAGAGGCUGGAUUUUAUUUCUCAAAAAAAACCACAUGUUCAUGUUCCAUUCGGAUUUGUAAACGAGAAAUGUUGUUGGAAGAUAUUGAGUCCAUGUUGUAGGUUUCUACCAUUUCCUUCAAUAUAAGGUCCAUCCCUUGUUUUCUUCUUCAAAUCACACCAGAAAAGACCAGCAAAAUAGGAGGAGCAAAGAUUCUCUUUUGAAGUCAUUAACAAUACGAUUCUAAUUUCAUGGUUUCAUUUAACUAUGUUUAUAAUUCUUUGUUACCCAAUAACUACAGAAAUCCCUUUAUUUUCUUCUUCGUCUUCUUCUUCUUCUUAUUUUCGGUUGCUAUAGUCUCAGAACUCGGUAUUAC